AUGUAUAUAUUUACUGUUGGCAAUAUCUUCCUCAUUGCAUCUUUUAUAUUAUCCCUUUUGAAACUGUCUCUUUCUCAAGGCUCAACUCCUGCCUUGGGUUUCACCAAACCUGAUUUUUGCUCAUUGGAUUCCAAAAUUAUUGAUGAUGGUUGCGAUCUAACCUUUGAUUCCAUUAACCAAAUAAACUCUCUCAUCAGACCCUAUUUAAUAGAUCUUAUAGAACAGGAUUACUUUAAAUAUUUCAAAAUUGACUUGUCCAAAAACUGCCCUUUUUGGGACAAUGAAAAUGAUAAAAAGUGUGCCAGUCAAAAUUGUGUCGUCGAUAUAAUUGAAGAUAUCAAUGAAAUUUCUAAUUUACCUUUUUACUUGAAAAAUGAAUUGAUUACUAACUUGUCCAAAUUAGACUCAAAAAACAAUUUAAAUCAAGAAGACCAAUUUCUUGACAAAUUGAUUGGUGAAGAUUGCCAAAAAAAAAAAUACGACAGCUAUUUAUUUUCCAAAGAUUACUGUGACACUAAUGAGGAAUCCUCUUUGAAUUCAGUUUAUGUCAAUCUACAAGACAACCCAGAGAGGUUUAGUGGAUAUGGCGGCCCACAGUCAAAUCAAAUUUGGACCUCCAUUUAUUUGGAAAACUGCUUUACAAAGGAAGUCUCCUCUGAAAAUGAACACCUUGCUAAUAAUCUGAAUUUCAUGAGCAGAAUUGAUGACCAGUGUCUUGAAAAAAGAGUGUUCUACAGAAUAAUUUCCGGCUUACAUGCUUCAAUUGCCACCCAUCUAUCAAAUGAAUAUUACAAUCCUCUAGCCCAAAAUUGGGAACCUAACUUGCAGUUAUUCAUGCAAAGAGUUGGCUACUUUCCAGACCGUUUGUCCAAUAUUUAUUUUAACUAUGCUUUGAUUGUCAAAUCCAUCCUAAAAUUGUCAAAGUUUUCAGAUCAUUUGAAUAUUUGCAACUCAAAAGUAAUCCAAGACAAAAUUAAUAAAAUUGCUGAUCUUUUGACAAAUAAUUCCUCAAUUGAUAUAUUCCAUGAACAGUUACUAUUUCUCGAAGACAGUUAUGAAUCCAUAUAUUUAAAACAGGAAUUUAAAAGUAAAUUUAGAAAUAUAACUGAAAUAAUGGACUGCGUAGGUUGUGAAAGAUGCAAAAUGUGGGGCAAAAUACAAACUUUAGGUUAUGGAACUGCUUUGAAGCUACUAUUUGAACUCCCCUCUUUGAAUGAUAUCGAUAAUAACAACUAUAAUAUCGAUGAUUACGAUAUUGAUGAAAUAAUAGGCAAUUUAAAAAGAAAUGAAUUGGUUGCCUUAAUUAACACUUUUGACAGAAUCAGUAAAAGUGUUCAAAGUAUCAACAAUUUUAGAAUAAUCUAUGAACUUGAGCACCAACAACAGAUCCAAAAUACAAAUAGUUCUCUAUCUGACCAAUUUGAGACUCAUCUCGUUUCAAAUGAUUCUCUAUCUGUCAAUAUUGAAGAGGCUAAAAAUGAAAUUCAUAAUGAUAUAAAUCAAGAUAUAAAUCAAGAUAUAAAAGACGAAAUGAAAGACGAAAUCAAGGACGAGAACCUAGCUGAAACAGACGUUGGAAUCCAACCCAAAAUUGACAAGCUAGAUCAAAAAAUUCCUAAAGACAAACCUCAACCUGAAAGUAAUGAGUUAAGGGAAGAGAUUAGAAAAUCCAAUAGAGAUUUCUCGAAGAACCAAUUCAAAGAAUUAUAUGAAACUGGUAAAAAUCGUAAAUACCAGUCUAUUAAAAAUAAAAACACCAUUCAUAAAGAAUUUAAGGAAAGUUUAAAUGAAGUUUUGCUAGAAUUCUCUGCAGCAUUUAGAUUUAUUCUCAAAAGUUAUGUUGAUUUUCCUUCUACAAUGUGGAAAUUGACUAUCUGGAAAAUGAGAGAAUUGUGGAAUACAUUUAUUGGUAGAGAAGAAUUUUAUGAUAGUGAGGCUUACAAAGCUGAAUUAUUUGAUUUAAAUGUAUAG